AUGAAAAAAUCGGUCCGACUACUCGUCCCGCCUCCACCACUGGUCUGUCAUUCGUUGUUUGCGCAGCUCCACAUUAUCGCUCGGCUGAAAGGAUCCGGAUCGCUCGAGAGGAAGACCUCGAUCGUGAAGCGACUUCUCGUCUCGGCCCAGGGCGAAGAAGCGCGAUACCUCAUCCGAACGCUCGUCGGCAACUUGAGGAUCGGCGCCGUGCGAUUGACCAUCAUCACUGCGCUCGCCAAGGCGUUUUGUCUUUCGCGCAAAGGGGGGGAACAACCCGUAUCGGACGAUUUCUACAUCUUUCCGAGAGAGCGCCAAGACGUGACAGACGAGGUUGAUGCGAAGAAAGGAGCGGGCAAGACGAAAGAAAAGGUCAAGGGCGACAAGGAGCGCUUGCUGGAGGAACGACUCGAUCGAGCCGAGGCCAUCGUGAGGAAGGUGUGGGCGAGGCAUCCCGAUUAUGGGCAUGUUGUGGCGGCGUUGCUCGACCAUGGUAUUUCACUGCUAGAACUACGCGUUCCUAUAGCCGUCGGAACGCCUCUGGAACCGAUGCUCGGGUCCAUCACCCGCGGCGUGUCCGAGAUCUACAGCCGAUUGGGAUCGCGACCGUUCGUCAGUGAAGCCAAACUCGAUGGGCAGCGUGGUCAGAUCCACGUCUCUACGGUCGAACCAAGCGGAUUGAGUGACAACAGUCGAGGAAAAUGGUACGAUCCACCCGAAGCUAACGCGGACCAGACGCGCAUCUGGAUCCGAUGCUUCAGUCGUCAUCUUGAGGACAUGAGCGACAAGUUCCCCGACAUCGCUCCGACGCUUGCUUCGCUCGUCCACCGAGAGACGGCGCGGGGACUUCCUCUGGAGAAUUUCAUUCUCGAUUGUGAGAUUGUCGCUAUUGAUCCGCAGACUUCAGAGUUCAAGACGUUCCAAGAGUUAUCAUAUCGAUCCAAAAAGGACGUGCAGAUGGGCGACAUCAAGGUCCGGGUCGGUAUUUUUGGUGCGUAUCCGAGCUCACGGGGUUAUGGACCUUUGGACGAGAAUGAGCGCUGACUUGACUCUAAUUAUUUCAUAGGCUUCGACUUGAUGUUUCUCAAUGGAGAGGUGGGUCGAUUCGAGGACCCGGCGUUUUCCUGACCUCAUGCGGAGACCUUGAUCGAACCCACAGUCGCUCCUCAAUAAGUCGUUCCGCCAACGUCGCCAUCUCCUGUACGAGCGCUUCUCCCCGCUUCGGCCCACCGAUCCACGUUACGCCAAGUGGGAGCUUGUACCCUCCUGUAUGGACAACGACAAAGUCAAAGUCCAAGCGUUCUUCCAAGAAGCGUUGAAAAUGAGGGCCGAAGGUAUCAUGGUCAAGGUAGGUCUUGGCCGGUUUGAUGGGGGUCCACAGGCCUGCUGAUCGCUUGCUUACACUGCAGCUGUUGGACGAAGCCGAGCUGGAAGAAGACCCGGAAAAUGAAGUGGACCCAGAUCUUGGGGACUACUCGGAUGAAGGAGAAGCUGGAGAGAAGAGUGAGCUCGACUCACCGCCGCCUUCGACCCCACUAUCGACGUCCAAAGCGACCUCGACCCACUCGCCGGUCAAAGACCAAGGUCGUCGACGAAAGAUCCUACCCGCGACCUACGAGCCCGACAAGCGAGCCGAUUCAUGGCUCAAGGUCAAGAAGGACUACUUGGAUGACCUGGGGGACUCGCUUGACCUCAUACCCAUAGGCGCUUGGCAUGGUAACGGCCGGAAAGCGCAGUGGUGGAGUCCGAUCCUCCUUGGUGUGUAUGAUCCCGAGUCGGGGCAGAUCCAAGCUGUGUGUAAAUGCAUGUCGGGGUUCACGGAUGACUUUUAUAAAGGUGAGCAUUCGCACCAGGCCUUGUCUCGCGCGCGAUAAGAUGGCCACUGAAGGGACUAAUUGGGAUUCUCGUACCAGGUCUAAACGUCAAGUACGCACCGGACGGGGAGUUCGCGAGCCGCUCGAAACCUUCCGAGAUAGAGGCCGCCGGCUUACGCCCUUCUAUUUGGUUCAAACCCAAUGAGGUAUGGGAGAUGCGAGGGGCCGAGUAAGUACCUUCAGGGGGAGGAUGGGAGUGCUCGGUGGCGUCGCAGCGUUACUGACCAAAAGUUUUUUUCUUCCUGCGCAGUUUCACCCUCUCACCGGUCUACCCCGCUGCUCAACAUAUCCUGGGGGAACGAGGUGAGGCUCUUUGACACGUGAUCAGAGCUUGAGGACACUCGUGCUCCGGCGAGGUAGGCUAACGAGCAUUCGAUCUACGGCCUCUCAGGGGUGUCGGUGCGCUUCCCGCGCUUCAUCAAGGUCCGCGAGGACAAAUCGAUCGAACAGGCCACGACGACCGAGCAGCUCGCGGAGAUGUAUCAGAAUCAAGGGAAGCAUCCUUGA